AUGAAAACCUUGGAAAUGACCAAAGACCUUAUCCGAGACCCGGGGUUAUUCGCUACGAUCGAUUUCUUUGGCAAGAUCGUCCCUGGUGAACAGCUCUCAGGUGAAGACUUCCUCCUCGCUAGCGCCGAGGCGAGCCGCCAGGCUAGCAAUCCUUCCGAGCCCAAGGAUAUCCAGGAUUAA